AUGCUACAAUUACCAGUGUUAGUUACUUUGGUUAGUGCAGUUUCAGGAUUACCAAUUGGUAGUGAUUCACUCAUUGCAACUUCUACAUCUACAGAAGAGCUCUUUCCAACAGAUAUUGGCUAUUAUGGUAAGACUGGGACAAGUAUUGCACCUUUUAUGGCACAAACAGACGGUGCAGCUAUUACCUAUGGCGUUCCAACUUCGUCUUAUACAUUGGCGCAGCCAAUUGAAACCGCCAUCCAGGCCAAGGACCACAGGGAAGGUGAUCAAAACAUUUUCCAGCUUAUGGGCAGUCAUUCUCCAUACUACAUCAGUGAUGGUUGGGGCGUCUACGACUACGCAAUCCCAGGCCAAUGCUCCAUCUCACAAGUCCAUUUGUUAUCAAGACAUGGUAGUAGAUAUCCAACAGGUUCAAUAGAAACAGCUGAAUUGUUGUCAAAGAAGAACUAUUCAGUCAAUGGUGAACUAGAGUUUCUAAAGGACUGGAAAUAUUCGGAAGGUGUUGGUGUUUUGACCAAACUUGGUAAUCAACAAUUGUUUGAUAAGGGAGUCAGGACGUUCUUCAGAUAUGGCCAAUUGCAGGACUGGAAUGAAGAUGCCAUGAAGAUUGUGGCAAGAACGACAUCUCAGGAGCGUAUGACUUUUAGUGCGGAAUACUUCCUUGCAGGGUUCUAUGGUUUAGACUGGCACGACAAGGCCAAUUUGGAGAUUAUCAUUGAGGACAAGGGGUACAAUAAUACACUGUCUCCAAAGUACGCAUGUGAUAUAAAAUCCAAGACUGAAGAAACGACUAGAGAUGUUACAACUCCGUUGCUUGAGAGAUACACAAAAAAGGCUGUUGAAAGGCUCAAUAAUCAAAUAGAAGGUAUUAGAUUUAGUGCUGAAAACAUCUAUGAAAUGCAGGAUUUAUGUGCAUAUGAGACAAACAAUAAUGGGUUUUCCCACUUUUGUGGUUUGUUCACUCAACAGGAAUGGGAGGAUUAUGAAUACUAUAACUCUUGGGUUUGGUACAACAAAAACAUGUUUGGUUCGUCUAACAGCAGAGCUAAAGGAGUUGGCUGGGUUGAAGAGUUCAAACAAAGACUAACAGGAUCAAGCAAGUUUAACUGGGAGACACUAGCUUCCCAGAACACUACUCUUGAUACGAAUCCAACAUAUUUUCCCGUUGACCAGAAGCUUUACUUUGAUUUUUCACAUGAUACGGUAAUCACUCAUAUUUUUACUGCUCUUGGCAUGGAGCAGUUCAAGACGAAUUUCACCGUUGACGGAUCUCUCAGAGAAACGAAUUUCCAAUUAUCAAAGGUUGUGCCAUUUGCCUCACAGACAUACUUUGAGAUCAUUGAAUGUGAUGGUGAGGUUUCAGCAAACAGAACGGAGCCAGAGACGAGCAGCAACAGCACUACGGGCACUCCAAACAAGUAUGUGCACAUGAUAUUGAAUGACCAUACUAUUGACUUGUCGAAGAACUUUCCGGAGUACUGCAGCCCAAGAGUGGACGGAUGGUGUGAAUUUGAUAGCUUUGUCAAAUACCUGGACACGCUCUGGGAGGUUGCGGAUUUUGAAGAGGCUUGCUUUAGUGGAACCUAUAAUACUACCCAGAUUGUCACCGAUGGUGCACCCAACAUAUAG